GCACCAUGCAGGCGCGUGGGCAGCAGCGCUGGCAACGGCUCCAAAGAGGUUUCCGGCGUGCUGUGGAAAAGAUAAAGAGCGAGGAGGUGAAGGUGUCCUACCUGAGCCACGGCCUGCAGCACCUGUGCCAUAUCACCCUUCUCAGCCCUGUGCGCCACGUCACACACAAUUGCCUCAAGAAGGUCUUUGUGGUGCUCGACGCAGCGGACAGCCUGCACUUCUACAGAGAGGACGGGUCCUACUUGAGCAGCAGGGGAGCCCCGCUGGCCAUGAGAGGGCUGCUCUACGCCUCUCAGGCCGACCGCUUUGUGGCGUGGGACAAGGACGGCCUCCAGGUGCUGGACUCCAGCUGCAAGGUGCUCUCUGAGGUCCAGUCCGCUCUGCCCAUCCGCUGCAGCAUUUACAGCGAGCUGCUCAACCGGAUUGUGACAGCUGGCGACGGCAACUUGACCAUCUGGGCCUUCCGCUACGGAUGCCGAAGCCUGCAGUGCCGAUUCACUAUCAGUGAGGGCCUGGGGCCCAGCAACCUCUUCAGCCACCUGGCCUUGGAUGCCAGCGGGGCUGAGCCCCAGCGCUGCUUUGCCUCGUGUGACACUGGGGCUGCGGCUGUUGAUAUCUCCAGCGGGGCCCUGAUCGCCUUCGAGACAAAGCUUCACAGCAGGAUAAUCACAGACAUUGCCUACUGUGAAGUGGUGGGCAGCCCCGUGACGGCCUCCCGGGACACGACCAUCAAGGUGUGGGACCAGAGCUGGCACAUCCGGACGGUCUUUGUAGGGCACACGGGUCCCGUCAUUGCCUUGGCGAUCUACCCUCAGAGGCCACUCAUCUUCUCAGCCUCCCAAGAUGGAACCAUUCGCACGUGGAACCUUGACACGGUCGACCAGGUGGAUCAGGUCCACGUCUUGGAGCCUGUGGAGGCCCUGGAGACACAGACCACGUCUCGCGUCAUCUCCAUCUCCGGCACUUCCCUCACCCUGUGGAAGAUCAACCAGUUGUACUCGUUCUACACGCCUUUGGGGUCUCCUGCCAAGCACCUCAGCUACAUCAACCUGAAGGCCGUUGCCAACUUCCCUGUCCGCAUCCUCUGUGUGUGCCAGGAUUCCUCUGUGAGGGUGUUGGAUGCUCUCACUGGUACGGUCCUUGCCAUACUUUCCCUGGACCCAUCAUUCCAAGUCCUGGAUGUGGCCUACUGCUUGCCCCGGGAGACCCUCUUUGUGCUCAUGGAGAGUGGCACCUUGCUGCGUGUCAACGCUGCCACUGACCCCAUGGUUGUGAAGAAGAGCACGGCAAGGCCCAGCGGGGUGUCACAGCCCUGCUGCCUCCUGUUGUACAGCCACAUUGUGGACCCCAAGAAGGCUUACUCGACAUGGGUGGAAGUGGUAGAGAACCAAAGCGACAAGAAGUCCUGGCAGAAGCCCCCCCUCAAAAUGCAGGACAAAAACAGGUACGUGCUAAUUAUGGGGCAGGAAGAUGGGCUCCUCAGCGUGGUGGAGUGGUUUUCCGGGCGGAUCCAGUGCCAGGUGGAAGCCCACUGCCCUCAACGUGUCACGACCUUGGCUGAGUACCCUUCCCAGACGUGCAUCAUUUCUGCAGGCACUGAUCUGACAGUGAAGAUGUGGCGUGUCUUCCCCUAUGCUGAGGAGAGCUUGGUCCCGCUCCUGUGCUUCUCCUGUGCUGUCCCUGCGUGGCACAUGUGUUGCCUGGGUGAGACACUGGCCGUGGCUUUCCAAGACCCGGAGACGGUCACCUACAGCAUUGUCUACUACAACCUGAUGGAGCAGACCCGCUCUGAGCAUGGGCCAGAGGAUGACCCACUGGAUGACAUUACAGGUCUCUGCUGCUGCCCCAACCUGAAGAUCUUUGCCUCCGCCAGCAGGGACGGCUCUGUGAAGGUCUGGAACAUCGAGAAUAAGCUGCUCCGGCACCUGAAGCUGAACACGAUCCCGGAAAGCCUGGCUUUUGCCAACCCUCAGGGGGAUCUGCUGGUCGGCAUCGAGCGGCACCUCUACCUCAUCCAUCACAUCAAGUACCUGCCAAGCUACUACAACAUGACGCUGCUGUGCGCCAGGUUCCUGCAGCCCAUCCAGGACACCCCCCUCCCCAUCAGGAAAUCCUGUUUUGAUCACCUCGUCCGGGGCAAUGCCAGGAGGCUGAUGCAGGAGCCACCUGCAGAGGAGGACAUGUCAUCUCUGCCCGGCGCUCACCAGAUGACCCCAAAAGAGACAAAGGUGAUUAGGAACGUCCAGGUGGAGGCAAAGGGGUCUGUGAUGCUGGAUGCAAGGAGCCAGGACUUGCAGCAGCUCCAGAGGGGGAAAGUUCGUGCGGUCCAGAAAGUGCGGCCCACCAAGGAAAUGCGGGACGAGGCCUUUGAACAGUACCUGCAGAUAUUCUACAAGAAGCAGCCCCACAUGGAGAUCCCUGAGGAGGACGUGUUCAAUGCUGACGAGGUGCUGGAGGCCAUCUGCCGGUGCGGGUCCAUCUCGGAACUGUACGGCCCCAACCCCUCAAACAUGUUCCUGGGGGCUUUCCCUCAACUAGCCUCCCUGAAAGCUGCCAGUGAGCUACUCAAGGAUGCCGGCUCCAUCGUGGACAGAGUCUCCGUCGCUUCUUCCACCGCUUCCGUCAUCCCCCCGCCUGGAGCCAAGCAGGCUUCAUUCAACCAGCUCCAAGUAGAAAAGGAGAAGAGUGUCCUGGCCGAGGCUGAGGGGAAGAGGCCGGUGCCAGCCCCCCAAGACACGAAGACGUCACUCGUCGCACUGAAGAUCCCCUCCCUGAGCACCACGCCCAGUGCCUUUGCAUCUGCCGCAGACUUAGCCCAGAAACCAUCGGGCGCCCUAAGAGCGCCUUUAUCUGCAGAGUCUUUCAUUGAAACCGUCUUCGGGAAGGUCAGGAUUCACAGGGAGGAGGGCUCCCUUUUCUCCGACCACCACCUUGAGAGAGAAUUAACCGUCGUUCCUGAGGAUGAACCGAGGUUCUCGCCGUCACCCUCUUUGCCAGGCUCCCUGGCCAGCAUCGGGGAAGUUGCCAGGAGUGAGAAGAUCCUCAGCUCUGAGGAGCCUGUGACAGCUGUGGGGAGCCAAGAGUCUUCCAAGGGCGGUGAGUCCUCUUUGCGUCCCAGAAGCCAAACACCCUCCGAGAUCCUCAAGGGCUUCUUUGCCGAGCCAGCAGCCAGCAAGGAGCAGCUCCGGUCGGAGAUGGAGCCAGAGAGCUUGCUGCUGCCCAAGGUCUCUUCUGGGUUCAUCCCCAAUUCGGUGGUCACGAAGCAGUUCCACGGCCUGGAAUAUCCUAGUGCAGAGAGUCUCGUGAGGGCCCAGAAGGAGCCACAGACUGCCUUGGGAGCCAAGUCGGUCGAGGACGUUGUUCAGGAUCAACAGCCUGGGAGGGACCCAUCAGAGGCAAAACUGAGCAGCAUUUCUGGAGCGAGCAUCCAGGAGAGCUCUUCCAGGGUUUUCCUGACGCAGCUGGAUGAAUCUCACUACCCAGAAACCGAGGCCAGGUCUGAGGAAGAGAUCCCGGCCCCUCUUUGGCAGUUCCAGGAUGCCGACUGGUUCAAGCAGCUGUUCCCACAGGGCUUUCCGCCGGAGAUGGGCCUGGACGAGUUCCUGGCCCGGCUGCUGGCAGCCUUUCCUACUGUUGACUUCAGCACCAAGACCCAGCUCCUGGACGCCGUCCUGAGCCUGCGGGAGGCCUGGGGGCCUGGGACGAGCGGCACCGUCCAUGACGUCCUCAUUAGCCUUCUGAACAUGAAGGAAGGAGCCCCCUCCAUGCAGGAAGAGACACAGCAGAGAUUCAUCCUGGCUGCGCUACGUGCCCUCCUGAUCCUCAACAAGGGCAGCAAGGACCUGGUGGUGGAGCUGAUGGCCUACUACCUGCAGGCUCCACCUGCCACCAGAUUGAUCAUUGAGGGCCUGAUAGAAGUGAUGGGAGUGCAGGAUCCGCACCAUUAUUUCUAUAAGGAGAUGAACUCCUGGCAGGUGGAGAAAGACCGCUCCAAAGAGCAGUUGCGGCGGGUCUGCUCUCUCUGGCUGGAAGCAGUCAUGCAAGAACUCCAGGAGCACAGGGCUCUUACUCCGAAGCACCAGGUUCAUCCCGGAGGGAAGCAUUUGCGUAAGCACUACUCAAAGGCCAAAGUAGCUCCCGCACAGUGGAAGGACGCCUGCUCUGAGCAUCCCGUGGACGCCAUCAAUUAUUUUGCCCAAAAGCAGCAAGAGCGGCAGCUGGAGGAGAUCAAACGGUUGGUGGCUCAGUCGGAGGAGCUGCCCAGAGACAUGGUCAUGCCCCUGCCCCCCCUCAAAAAGAGUCAAGCCAUCCUGCGAUUGGGAGAAACCAACGCAAUGCUGAGGAACAGAAUACACAAGCAUGCAGACUUCUACUUCCCAUUCAUCUUCUCGCGUUAUCUCUUGAAGGGGUUCGUACCUUUUGUGAAACUUCCUGUACCGAAAAUCAACCUGGACCCAUUCCCAUCAAUCUCUGAGAAGCCGGUUCCCCCACAGACAUUCACCGCCAAGCAGCAAUCGGUGCAGAAAUAUUUCAUCCCUAAGUUUUCAUACGCUGACAGCUAUCCCUGAUGGAAGGGCACUCCUGCAAGGCUCUCGAAUGGAACUGCUGCCUUCCUAAGGAGAAGAGGGGUUCUUCCACACUCGGGUGGGACGGUCUGGUUAACUCGGCUGCAGCUCCCCAGUCUGAUGGAUGCUAAGAAAUGCCCCUAACCUACCCUAGAGGGUGGAGACCAGCUGUCUGCCAUAGAUGUGUCUGGACAGAUGUAAAAGUCAAAAUAAAGGCAAGGCCCAAG